AUGCAAGCAUCAAAACCAGGAAGAGAGGAGCUUCAGGUUAACCAAUUUAACCAAAAUGUGCCCAAAUUGCUUUUGAAAUUCGCAAAACAAGGCCGUCUGGCGGAUUUAGAAGACUUGAUCGUGAAGUUCCUGCAAGAGGCAAGGAGUUGUGUCAACCAACUCGACAAUUCCGGCUUGUGCCCAUUGCACUACGCGGCAAGAAAUGGACAGCUUGGUUGCAUACGCAAGCUUGUGGAGCUGCUUUCAGCCGAUGUGAACAUUGAAAGCCGUGAAAGAAAGACUGCCCUUCACUUUGCUGCCAUGCAUCGCAGAAGAGUGCAAAACGAUGCACAUUCUAGUGAACACAAAACAGAAAAUGAUUCUGGAAUACAUGAACCACCAGCCCUCGAUUCAAAAGAGCAUUUGCACAGACAUGCAAAGGAACAAAAACCUUUGUCUAUACCCAGUUGCCCGGUACGCCCGAGUGGAUCAUGUCCGCUAGUGCGAUUUCUUCUGGAGCAUGGCGCCCAUGUGAAUGCUAAGGAUAUACUGGGACGCACGUCGCUUCAUUAUGCCGCCAUACACGGAGAUGAGUUGGCCACUAGACAACUACUUCACGAUGUAAACAUUGAUGUCAACAUUCCAGACCACAAUGGAACUCAACCCCUACACUUGGCAGCCCUGCACAAUGAAGCGGGUAUCUUCAGACAGCUGCUGAAUAAGAACGCAAACAUCUAUGUCGAAGAUCACUGCGGCUGCCUUCCUAUACACUACGCGUGCUCCUCAGGCAAUCUCGGGUUGGUAGAAAUGCUCUGUGGCCGCCUCGAGUCGAAUGAGACAGUUUCAAUGCUGAAUAAGAAAAAUCGUGAACUAGAAACGCCGCUUCACUGGGCUGUCACUUACGGCAACAUCCAAAUCACGGAUUAUUGCAUAAAAAUGGGCGCGGAUAUCGAAAGCAAAACAAAAUCCGGAGAAACAUGUCUUCACAAAGCGGCGAGAUGUGGAAAUUUGGAACUAGUUAUGUUGCUUCUGGAUCACGGAGCGGUAUUGGACGCUGAGGACGAAUUAGCACAAACUCCGAUACACAAGGCUGCUGAGCAUAACGGAGCAGAGGUGUUGCGAUACCUGCUUAAGAGAGAGAUCGACACUGAAGUUCAGGACUGUAAUUCAUAUACCCCACUUCUUCUCUGUGCUUCCAACGGACACAUUGACGCCGCGGAAGUCCUCAUCGAAGCCGGUGCAAACAUAUUUGCACAAGAGGCUGAAGGCAAAAACUUUGUACAUUUGUGUGUGGAAGAGAAUCGCCUGCAAUUCUUGAAGUUAUUUCUGGGACGUCCGACCGCUGACAGUGUGGUACAUGUUGCAGACAUUUUCGACAGAACUCCCCUUCACACCGCGGCCGAAAAGGGAUGCGUGGAUAUUUUACAGUUACUAAUUGAACAUGGUGCCGCUAUUGAUGCGAAGGACGAUAGGGGACGUACCACACUACACUACGCGGCUGAAUAUGGUCACCUCCAAAUAGCGACGUGUCUGCUGUCAAUUUGCCCACAGUUGCUGAACUCGUUGGAUGACGCUUCAAACACUGCAGCCCACUACGCAUCAAAACACGGUCAUUCUAGCCUGUUGCAUUUGCUUCUCAACAGCGGUGCCAUGGCCGGUUCCCAGAACAACCGAUGUCACACUCCACUGCACUACGCGGCUGCUGCGGGUCACCUAGAUUGUGCAGAGUUGCUGUUAAAGCACAACGCCUCCGUAAAUCCGUUAGAGAAAUCAACGGUUGGGCCCUUGCACUUGUCGUGUAGAAAUGGACAUGUGGCCAUGGUCGAGCUGCUACUUCGAUGGGGUGCUGAACCAGGCAUCCGGAUUACUGCUGACGUGGCAAACAUCCCUGCGGGAUCAAAUGCCCUGGAUGCCGCUAUCGAGGGCGGACACAGAUCGUGUGCCAUGGCUUUGCUUCGCCACUCCCGGUGGAAGAGUGCAUUGCGCAAUCAGUCCAUAAGCGAAUUUCAAGUCAUUCAGACGCCGUUUAGGAAGCUUAUCGCUUUCAUGCCAGAUGUGGCUGAGUUUGUUUUGAAUAAAUGCGAAGAAGAUCAGGCUGAGAAGCCUUAUACCUUUGAAUUCAUCGACGACCAGUAUGCUUUUUGGAAUGAAGCCGCUCUCAUGGGACAGGUGAAACUAUGUUUUUCAAAGUCCCCGUUGAAUUAUAUACUGAACAAGUGGAGGGCACUGAAUUUAUCUACCACAUCCCAAGAACCUUGUCAACUGAAUCAUACUUCUACGGGAGAUCAAAGCCAACAGCUUUAUUGUAACGACUUUUACCUACUCAAAGAAAACCACCCACUAAUGUACAUGAUUAGAUACAAGAGGUCACGGUUACUUCAACACCCGGCAGUCACCGAGCUGCUCAGAGUGAAAUGGAAUCAGAUCAAUUUGCUGUAUUAUUUCAACUUAAUGCUGUACAUCGCAUUCUUGGCCAGUUAUUCGGUGUACAUCCUCAAAGCCAAACCGUUGGAUGCCGUCAUACACCAAAAUCAUCCGAUAUUGACAGAUGUACAGGAGGGCGGUACAAAGAGAAAUGAGAUCAACGCAAUGCCACCGGCUCUGGCUCAUCCGAUCAAGCGUGAGCACAAUCAAGCUGGAAUUAAUACGGACUCUUGGGCAAGCAGCGGACAACCCCUUUUGUCCAGCGAUCCGGAUAGCUCACUCAGUCAACUGAUGCUAGUUAACACUGGUUACACCAGCAGUGACAGUCGAUGCAGCAUGCUACAGCCUCAGAAUGUGUCCACAGUACUGUCUUCUAGUGGUGCGCAACCCGUGAUAGGUGCUCCAUUACCCACGUACACACUAUCGGUUGGAGACGCGCAGGGAACUAGUGAGCAUGGGCCACGUGAAAGCGUUACAAGCUCAACUCUCAGUGCAAUGCCAGCAACUUUUGGCCUUGAGGAGGCUGCGGGCUACGUGUGGCCACAGUGGCCUACAGCCUUCUCUGGCAUGCAUCAAGUGAGCAGCAACGCCGAUGCGAGUAGUACCAACCCAACUGAUCCAUCAGAUACGGAUGGUCUUCUUUCUCUCAAUCGGCAGUUGUGGCUCCGUAGGAGCGAAAGACAAAGACUGUUCUAUCUUCGACAAUUGCAACUUUACCGAUCCAUGAUAGGCAUUCCAUUACCUGAACAGUCGAUAGAGGAAGCUGUGGAAGAGGCGACGAGCAGGCGACAUCAGUGGAGGAACCAAACACUUGCUGACCCACUUAACGAAAGCGAUGCAGAAGACCUCUCCGAUGACCGAUAUUGUCCUGACCCGACCUCUAACACGGCAACCCCCCAUACAAGUCAAACAUAA